AUGUAUGUUUGUGUACAAUCGUAUUGGUUUUACGAGGAGAGCCUCGCAACGGUGUCCAGGGCUGCUGCACGCCGGCGCCAGCCUCGUGAUCGUCGCCGACCACCGUCGACGCCCCCGACGCCGUCGACGCCGCUGAGCAUCUCUCCUGAGAACCUAGCGGUAACUCUUCGCCCUCAUCCUCUGUCAGGACAAUGUAUGUGGACAUUUGGAUAUCCCUUGCCGAGGACAUUGCCGAUUACUACGUGGGAUGUGAACGCUCCAGAAUUUGUACCUGGUUCUCAAUGCGACAGCGGUCGCGGGUCGUUCGGUUUGACUCCACUUUCUAACAGUGAUGAAGAAGCUAAUGCAGUGGAACAUUUGCCAGCGCCGUCGACGCCGCUGAGCAUCUCUACUGAGAAACUAGCGGAAGCUCUCCGCCCUUAUCUUCUAUCAAGACAGUGUAUGUGGACAUUGGGAUAUCCUGUAGAAAUUGAACCGAUGUCAUCGAAAGCAGUAGUAUACAUUAAUCCACCACCUCGAAAUAGGCCAUGGCCGAAUACUACGUGGGAUAUGGACGCUCCAGAAUUUGUGCCUGGUUCUCAAUGCGACAGCGGUCGCGGGUCAUUGGGUUCGACUCCACGUUCUGACAGUGAUGAAGAAGUGGAUGCAGUCGAACAUUUGUGUGUACGUUGUGAUAAAACGUUUCGAAUGACUCGAGAAGGUGAAUUUCUCAAAGUCGAACCGUGUCUCUAUCAUUGGGGACGUGUGAGUGCGGACUGCCGUUUCGCUUGUUGCAAGUCACUUUGGGGUUCCAAAGGAUGUAGUACAGCUCGUUAUCACGUAUGGAGCGGCACUCGUCCAGGCAUGAAUGGACCUCUCGAAGGCUACGUACGUGCUCGCUCUCCUCGCGGUGGUGUCUAUGCCAUCGAUACAGAGAUGUGUUAUACAACGGCAGGAUUGGAAUUAGCUAGUAUAGCAGUCAUUGCCGCUGAUGGCCGACUUGUAUACCAAUCACUUGUAAAGCCGAGUUCUCCUGUAGUCGACCACAAUACCCGAUUCUCGGGCAUCAGGCCGCGCGACUUGGCGCGUGCGACUAAGACGCUGAAAGACGUACAAAAUGAUAUUCUUGGAUUUGUGGGAAUAGACACGAUCCUUAUUGGACAUGCGUUGGACAAUGAUCUACGAGCUCUGAAAUUGUUACAUGGUUCUGUGGUUGACACUUGCGCGUUGUACCCUCACGCACGAGGAUUCCCAAUGCGACGAUCAUUGCGAGCGCUCUCGGAGGAGUUUCUCGGGCGCAUUGUACAGCAUGGAAGUGUCGGACAUUCACCACUAGAAGACGCUCGUGCUGCUAUGGACCUAGUACUUCUUAAAAUUCACAAAGAGCUGGCAAGCCGUGCUCUUAUGUCGAACCAUCUGCCAAUGUUUCAUCCUUAUAAUCCGUUAAUCAAUGCCGCCUGA